CCAGACUCUUUCAUUUCGUGUUUGCAGACGCUCAACCGACUGUGCAAUGGUUUGGUUGGCUAUAUUUUGGCACCCUGUUUGGGCCGUUUUCACGGCGGUGCUGGCGGUCGUUGUGCGCAUACAGCGCAGAGGUCCCUGGGAUCCACAAGCCUGCUCCGUGCGCCUGAAGGGGAAGACCGCAAUAGUGACAGGAGCCAAUACAGGGAUCGGGAAGUUCAUUGCCUUGGACUUAGCACGUCGGGGGGCUCGUGUUAUUCUGGCCUGUCGAAGCGAAGCCCGGGGGACAGCAGCACUUAAAGAAAUCAGGGAGAAGACAGGGAACUCUGACAUCCACCUGCGUCUGGUGGACCUGUCUUCUCUGGACUCUGUCAGGGAAUUUGCCAAGGGGAUUCUCACAGAGGAGAAAGCUCUCCACAUCCUCGUCAACAAUGCUGGAGUAUCAGGUUUACCCAGGCAGAUAACCAAGGAUGGGUUUGAGUCUUCUUUUGCCACCAACCACCUGGGACCAUUUCUCCUCACCAACCUGCUGCUGGACCUGAUGAAGAGUUCAGCUCCAUCGCGUAUUGUCACCCUUGCCUCAGUCAACCAUAAGAAGGGUGUAGUGGACUUUUCUCAUUUUCAUGGCGAGAACCUCACUUAUCACAUGGAUUCUGUCUACAACCACACGAAGCUGCACAAUGUCAUCUGUACGAAGGAGCUAGCACGCAGGCUAGAAGGGACAGGUGUCACGGCAAACUCUGUCCACCCUGGUAUUGUCAUCACAGAAGUGUUGAGACACUAUCCAUUGAUGAUUCGUUUUAUUUUCAACCUGGUUGGAUUUUUCUUUUUCAAGUCUUCAGAGGAGGGUGCAACCAGCUCAAUCUACUGUGCAGUAGCAGAGGAAAUGGAGGGAAUAACUGGGAAGUAUUGUGACAGCGACUGCCAUUUGGUCCUCCCCGCCCCUUUAGCUCGAGACGCUGCCCUGGCGGUCAAGGACUUUGAGAUCAGCGAGAGGCUGACAUCUAAGCUCUGAAACAACUAUCAGGACAAUUGAGGCCUGAUAACAGAAAAGGGGUCAAAUUCCACCCUCUUGCUGCACUUCUUAAGGGAACAGGUCUGACAUAAUGUGUCUUUAAAAUGAUCAGGCGACGUUUCUGAAUGCACAAAUGAAUAAUGUCUUAUUUGAAAAGCUUUAAUCACUUGCUCAGCAAUCAAUGUUCUGUGAGUAAUUUUCGUUCAUGAAAAUGGUGAAUGUUUGUUCUUUCAUAGAAAGAAAUGUGACUUUUAUUCAGGUAUGUGAAUCACUGGGUUUCCUGAGACAUGCUGACACCAUGUGGCCAACUCAUGCUUCUUCAGAAAUGACAACAGAGGUUCUAAUAUUAGACACAAUCACUUCCCUUUAUUGACUUAAUCUUUAACACACAAUAAAACAUUUGAGCAUU